GCCUCCUCAUCUUAGUGAUAUCUCGCGUUUUCAUCUGUUGUUUUGGCGACGUCGCGACGAUAAGCGCCCUUUCGACGGUGAAACCGCGCGGCGACGGAAAGUCCGGGAAAAUCCGGGAAAGCGCAUCCCUCAAGCACGAAAAACCGAAAAGUUUGCUGCCGUUUCUUUUACUGUAAUAUUUCAUAAACUGUUAAUGUGGUGAAUGUAAUUAUGAUUUUAAAACGGUGGUGAUUUCUUGAACAGUCAAUAGUAUACAUAUUUGGGGUGAAGAUUGUCCGUUUAUCGUAAACGAAACGUUGGGGAUCAUCCCCAUAGGCAGCAUCACGAUUUUCGGGGAAAGUCAUAAGAUUGGGGGUGGGAGUGGUCGUGGCAUGUUUUGCUACCACUGCCCCCCUUCUCUUCAUCCAGGAGCAACGACGCAACCAAGGCUGCCACAACUCGAUUAUCCAUUUGCCCCAACCCACCCAUACACGAGUUACUCAUACCAUCCCGCAAUCCACGACGACACUUUCGUGCGAAGAAAACAGAGACGAAACAGGACUACAUUCACGUUACAACAACUGGAGGAACUCGAAAACGCGUUUGCUCAAACCCACUACCCUGAUGUUUUCACAAGGGAAGAUCUCGCGAUGAAAAUUAAUUUAACCGAAGCUCGAGUUCAGGUGUGGUUUCAAAAUAGAAGAGCUAAAUGGAGAAAAGCGGAACGAUUAAAAGAAGAACAACGAAAAAGAGAAGAACAAGGUAUCGUCAAACGAGAUGGAGAAACUAAAGAAGAAAAGGGCGACGAGGUGACCAGGGUGAGUACUCCCUCAGAACUCAAUGCUCCCGAAGAUGAUUCAGUGCGAGAGUGCUCUAGUCGAGGAAGUGGCAUUAGGGAAUCCCCUGAGCGGGAACGUAGCGUUCCAGAGCCAACACCCUCCACGACUUCUUCUCCCCAUAGCCCUGCACCAUCGUCUUCUUCGGAGCCACCGAAACCCAACCCACCAACGUUCUCUCAUCACAUGUUCCAUUCGUUUAGUGACAAGUAA